GUUCGACCAAAUUUUAUUUUAUUUUUCUUUUCUUUUCUUAUUUUUUCAAUCUUUUCUGUAGGCUAACCUACAACUAAACUAAGGCUCUUAUUUUUCCUGCAUCUAUCCUUUUGCAUUCUUCUAACUUUACAAAUAAUUUUCACAUCCACGUGGUAUGUUGGUUUGAUUAAGACCAUAAAGCCCUCGGUCACAACACUCUUAGAGGGAAUUCCACGUUCGUUUUGGAAGAAGAGUGAUAUUUCUGAGCCAUAAUAUAUGUCAGUAUAUUCAUUCGUGUCUGGCCUGAAGCAGCUCCAAUGCAUCCACCACGUCGUUCAUGUUUGGGGCACUGCGUAGUGAUUUUGGCAGCUCUCAGUGCUCCACCGACUGAGUAUUAUUGACCUUCGAUACGAGGAUACAUCAUACGGAGAGUUUUUUUGCCUUUGGUGGUCAGGUGAGGACUGAAGUCGACCAAACAGAGUUGCAGAGCACAUAAACAAGGGUUUAGGGGUCUGCGACACGGUGAUCCGGCAGCCGUGGCGAUGGACGGAUGCCGUUUGAUUUUGAUUUGGCUUUCCAAUGAUGGGAGCCUUACCAUUGAAUGAGACUUCUCCAGUUAUCAGGGCACACAUGAAAUCCAUAUUUGCUUUGGAUGAAAAGCCACAUAUUCACAGAAGAAAAACACAGGUGGGAAUGGCUUUCUGGUUGGUUACGGCACAGAGGGAAAGUGUUUGGAGAUUUGAUGAAAGAAAAGGGAUUUGUAAGCUCCUCCAGCACCAUGAGCCGAUGAACCAUUGCCUAUUGCCGAUUUUCCAUUUGAUAAAAUGCCAAAGAAAAGCUGAUGAACCAUUUGCCAAUUUUCCGUUUGAUGAAAUGCUUGGCCAAAUCCUCCAUCACCAUGAGCAAGUCUAUUGAACUUUUAAGGGCAUCUAUGCAGCAUGUUGGGUUAUACUUCUUUGACAUUUUUGCAGCAGCAUGUUGGGUUGUUACUUCUUUGACCGAUCUUCCAUGGUUCAUUUGACAGACAACCUUUUGGAACCACUUUCUAAGGGUAUGCAACUUUAAUUUCAACCCUUUGAGCUGCCAAUACCUUCUCACUUGAGCCUCCGAUGCCUGGAUUCAUUCCAUUUCUCACCUCUACAACAGACUAAUAUUGGCAGCCUGUGUCGGCUUUAUCUGGACUGAAAGAAACAAUAGGAUCUUCAAGGGUAAAUCUUCCACCACUUGGAACAUAAUCAGUUGCAUUACAGAUACAAUCAAGCUUAGAUUUCAUACUCGUUCCUUCAAAGAUAACAGAGCAGCUAGACAACUUGCAGCAACGUGGCGUCUUCCGAGCUUCACCAUUAGACUACCAAGGAAGCCUCCAGAUCUCUCAGAAUGGUUCAAUCCCUUUGCUCAGUGUUUCUGUCUUUGCUAGCUGCUGGUUAUUGUUUGUUGUAGUUUUCAACUGUUUUGGCCACAAGCCUCUGGUUGAUCCCCUAUUCUGGAGCUGUUUGGACGCUCUUUCAUAUAUAUAUUAUGACUUCACCUCCCCCAAAAAAAUAAAAAAUAAAUUACAAUUGUUUUUGCAUUGACCGCUUCAUUAAUUAUAUUGUGCUUGAUACAUUCAAUUUGGUAGUAAUACAUUAAUCAUCACAGUUCAUCUACUAGUUCCUGCAAGUCCUCCAUGUCUAAUUUUUCAGCAUUGGCGCUGUCUUGCAACUGGGGAAUGUUCACUUCCCCUAUCAGCCAGCAAACACUUAAUGUUUGUUUCUAUUUCAGGAUCAAUCUCUAAUUCCCCAUAAACGCAAGUGUACAAUCUGAUUCAGAGUGACACACUUCUAUGUGCACGAAUGAGUUGAGAGUAUUUUUUGAAAAAGAAAAUUAGUUAGGUACAUAAUUAGUUCUCUAUUGGGACAUUGUUACUAGAGGUGUAUGUAUUGUUUUAGACAGCGAUUAGCCCCUGACAUUAACGUUGAGAGAUUGAUCUUUUAAUUUCUUCUGUCUUAGUAGACAAGUGAUGUACUGGAUCAAACAUUUUAAGAGAGAAGGAAUUUGAUUGUUUUUUGGAACUAGAAAAAUUAAACAAAUAUCAUCUGAAUCUGGAAAUUUUGAUAUUUGCAGCACUCAUUUAAUUUAUUUUCUAAUAUGACACCUUGCUGGUAGAAACACAAAAGCUCCUUUAUAUUCUCCCUUUCAUGGGAAUUAUGGCUUCUAUUCUACUUUUAUAAUAUGGUUAGAUUACACUGACCUCCCCUGAGGUUUGGACAAAUUAUACACGGAUGAACCAUUCAAUAUUUAUUACUUUGACCUCCCUUGAGAAUUGGGGUGUGCUCAAUGACAACCGUAGCGUUUUUAGACCAAAUUUUAUAAAAUGACAAAUUUGCCCUUCCCUUGCAUAAAAUGCAAUACAAUAUAUUAUUAUAAUAUAAGGGCAAAAUUGACGUUUCAUACUCAAAGUCAUUUUUUGGCCGCCACCCACCGGUGAAUGAGUUUAGAAGAUGUCAAAGUAAUAAAUGUUGAAUGGUCUACCAGUGUGUUAUUUGUCCAAACCUGAAGGUCAGUAAUUUACCCUCAAUAAUAGCCCACUUCUACUUAUGGGCGUGACAGUGAACUAUCUUCUGACUGUAGGGAAUAAUUGUAAUGUUUGUGUUAUGUGUAUAUAUAUAUAUAUAUGUAAUUGUGUGUGUGUGUGUGUGUGGUGUGAAUUUAAAGGCAAAAGAAAAAGAGAAAAAAAAAAAUUCAAAAGUGGGUGGGACCCAUAACUUGUUUAAGUAUUAUGAGAUCACAUUUGGUCUCUGUUUUCCCAUCCUUUCUCUCUCCCGUCUCUGUCUUCCUCUCGGGUUUCUUUUUCUUUUUUUUUUUCACUUCAAGCUUCCAUUGUUGAUUUCUCCCUCAUUUCUUAGUGUUUUUAAGUGCCGUUUGCGUCAAAACGGAGAGCACAGCGAGCUCUACACGUGUGUACCAGCAAUUUCAGAUUUGAGCAACCUAGGGAGUCCGAAAAUCUUGACCCAUUUUGAGGGUUUGAGGUGAAAAUUGGGGCUUUUGGCUAAAAUUGAGGGCUCGGAAAAGAAGUGGCGGAUGACAAUCCCCCGCAAGCUUGAAGAAGAUUAGGAGUUGUAUUUUGUUAUCUUUUGUAUCUUAGCCCAUUUUUUUGGUAUUGUCUCAAACUAUGUAAAAGAGUAUUUAUUUUUGCAAAUCAUGGUCCUGUAACAUAACUAAGAUACUUGAUUAUUUUUGUUGUAAACUAAGACCAUGUAAAUGCUUAAGUUGAAGAGGAUGACGAUGAUGGGCUAAUUUAUGAAGGUUGUUGAUGUUGUGGUAUUGGGGAAUGCAUUAUAUUUCUUUUGUAUUGUGUGUUGGGGUAGGUUGGAUAGGUCUUGAAAGGCCAUUGUUUUUUUCAUUUGAACAGGUUGUUAUAGGACCAUUUUUAGCGGAGGUCAUGCCGAAUUUUUUUUAAAAUUUUUUAUUAUUUUCGGUAUUUAGUUUAGGGUCGUUACAAAUUUGGUAUCAGAGCGAAGGUUCGAAAACCAUUAGGACGACGGGUAGAGGCCUACCUAGGGUUGUCUGGGAAGUCAUUGGCAUUUUUAUUUCCUUAUUUACAAAAGUGUUUUGCUAAAAAAAAAAAGAAAAAAAAAAAAAAGAAAAAAGAAAAAGGAAAAAAAAAAAAAGAAGAGGCAUGCUUAACUGUUUAUUUGUUUAAGUGCUUAUGUGCUUAUAUGCUUAUAUUAAUGUGUUCAUUGCAUAGUCUUGCAUGCUACGUGUUAGUAUAGUGUCCUUUUGUGUUGAGUUGUUCACAGUUAGACCUUAGUGUUAUCGUUAUUGAAUCGUUUGUUGCAAAGGGCCUUGAGGGCCACCAUUGCUACUCAGCCGCAGCCGAUACCAUAACCGGUAGUGCAAGUGGAGGAGACGCCAGCACAGAAGCGUCUCAAGAUUAUUAAAGGGUUUUCUCAGUUGAUGCCGGUAAUGUUUGAAGGUGGUGUAGAUCCCAUGGUAGCGGAUGACUAUAUGGAGCAAGUUGAAACUCAAUUGACUUCUAUUGAUGUAACGGAGGAUCACUUGAAAAUCAUCCUAGCCACUUACAAGUUCACAAAGGAUGCCAAGUUUUGGUGGAAAUCGAUCACAAAUCAAUAUAAGAUUGAAGAGAUGAAUUGGGAUAGAUUCAAGGAGCUGUUCUAUGAGAAGUACUUCCCUGCCUCCAAUAAGUGGGAGUUAAAGAAUCAGUUUAUUAGCCUUAUCCAAAGCAAUAUGUCAGUGACAGAAUACGAGAACAAGUUCACGUCUCUUUUCCGCUUUGCUCUAGAGAUGGUGAGUAAUGAAGUUGAUAAGGUUCGGAAGUUUAUCUCCGGACUUGACUACAAAAUGAGGCCGUUGUUAAUAGCACAAGGCAUCAAGGUUUAUUCUGAGGCAGUGGAAAGAGCAUUGAUGCUAGAGGCGGAGGCCAAAGAUAAAGAUGCAAGAAGGGAACAAUGGAGACAAAAGAGGAAUGUAGGACCAUCUGCAGAGGGACCUUCAGGGAAAAGGAACAGGGGUGGUUCAUUUCAGUUUCAGGGGCAACAGUCAGCACGAUCCGCUCCUACCACUCCUAUGCCAGCAGGGUCUGCCAGGAGUGGUGUCAUUUGUUAUCGUUGUAAUCAGCCGGGUCACUACAAGUCAGAGUGUCCACAGACAUUGGUUAAUUCUGGGGCUUGUUUUGGUUGUGGCCAACAGGGCCAUAAGGUUAAGAAUUGUCGUAAUUAGGGAGUAGGCACCGGUAGUGGCAGAGGGUCACAGUAGAGGUCGUCACAGUCGGCUACGGUUCAGUCAGGUUUCAGACCACCACCAUUACAGCCUACCAUGUCCUCUCAGGGUUCACGGCCAGUUAGGAGGGAUACUCCUACUAUGUCAGUUCAGCAGUCAGGUGUUCAGAUUAGUAGUUCACAGGCACAGACAUCGUAGGGACGUGUCUUUGCACUUGCACCGACUGAUGCAUCUCCUAGAUCGUCAGUUCUCCGAGGUAUAUUUCCAGUGUUUGGUUCUUGGGCCCGUGUUUUGUUUGAUUCUGGUGCAUCUCAUUCUUUCAUUUCAUCAUCAUUUACACUUGCAUCGGGGUUAAAGGUUAGUUUCAUGGAUCGGGCGUUGUGUGUUGAUACGCCAGUUGGGGUUUUAGUGUCAAUGAGCCGAGUUAUGCGGGAUUGUUCCAUUGUGAUAGCUGGGCGGACUUUUGUGUUUGAUCUUAUUCUCCUGGAGAUGACUAGCUUUGAUGUCAUUCUCGGAAUGGAUUGGUUAGUUUUAUUUCAUGCUACGAUCGACUGUUACAAAGGAAGGGUUAUAGUUUGCACUCCCGAGGGAGACUGUUUAUUUUUCGUGGGAGAUCGGAGUGAUUUCCACAUUUCAUCGUUUUAUGGAGUUUAUGGACAGAGUCGUGGUGAUUACUUCUUGGCUAGCCUCCUAGCCGAAGAAGAUGAUGUUGUGAAAGAGGAUUAUCCUGCGAUUGUUCGUGAUUUUCUGGAUGUGUUUCCGAAGGA